AUGGCCACCAUCGAUCCUAAGCAAUCAGUUUCCUCCCCAAAUGAUACCUCUGAUGGGGCGUUUGACAGCAAGGGGCCAAUCUCGGAGCACUCCAGCUCCAGCCCUCCAUCGGUAUCGGCUGCUGUUGAGGGUCAGCCAAAGAAAUCAUGGCGUUCAAACAUAUGGGACACUCUCGACAAGCCCAAGGACGAACGCCGCUUUCUAUUUAAGCUUGAUGCCGUUAUUCUGACCAUGGCUUCCUUGGGCUACUUUAUCAAGAACCUGGAUCAGAUCAACAUUUCAAGCGCCUUUGUCUCGGGCAUGAAGGAGGAUCUGGGACUGCAUGGCAAUGAGCUCAACUACAUGGUCACUUGUUGGACUGUCGGCUAUGUCAUUGGAGAGAUUCCGAGCAACAUGCUCCUCACCCGCAUCAAGCCCUCCAUCUGGAUCCCGACCUGCGAGGUCAUCUGGUCCGUCCUGACCAUCCUUCUCGCGAAGUGCACCUCAGCAACGCAAAUCUACGUCCUCCGCUUCUUCAUUGGCCUGGCCGAGUCGGCCUUCUACCCUGGCAUGCAAUACGUGAUCGGAUCAUGGUACCGCAAGGACGAGCUAGCGAAGCGCAGCUGCAUCUUCCACGCCAGCGGAAACAUCGGCGCGAUGUUCUCAGGAUAUCUGAUGUCGGCCGCUUAUACACUCAACGAGACGAGCGGGUUCCGCGGGUGGCAGUGGCUCUUCAUCAUCAACACGGUGGUGUCGCUCCCCAUCGCCAUAGCCGGCUACUUCUUCUUCCCCGACGUGCCCGAGAUCACCAAGGCGUGGUGGCUGACCGAGGCCGAGAUCGACAUCGCCAGGAAGAGAAUGGCGCUGGAGGGACGGGCGAACCGCGCACCUUACACCAAGGAAAAGUUCAAAAAGAUAUUUUCCUCCUGGCACAUCUACCUGCUCCCGCUCCUCUACAUCCUCUUCAACAACGGCACCGGCUACGGCCAGCAGCCCGUGUUUUCUCUCUGGCUAAAGUCGGAAGGUUACGGAGUCGUGGCCAUCAACUCGUACCCGACCAUCGCGUCCGCCAUCGCCGUCAUCAUGACGCUCGUGUACGCCUGGACGUCCGACACCAUCUUUCGCGGGGCGCGAUGGCCACCAAUCGUCUUUGCCGGCUGCUUCAAGAUCGUCACCGAGACGAGCCUGGCGGUUUGGAACAUACCCGUCGGGUGGAAGUGGUUCUGCUUCAUCUUUGGCAACGUGUCGGGCGGCAUCUCGGGCCUGACCUUUGCGUGGGCCCACGAGAUCUGCAGCGACGACAACGAGGAGAGGGCGUUGGUCGUGGCAACCAUGAAUCAGAUGGCGUAUGUGGUGCAGGCCUGGCUGCCGCUCAUCAUCUGGCAGCAGGUAGACUCGCCGCGGUAUCAGAAGGGAUUCAUUACCAUGGUUUUCAUCGCGGCGGCUAUGAUUGCUACUUCUUUUACGAUCCGGCUGUUGCAUCAUCGUGAGAGGGCACGAAAGGCGAAGGAGGCAGAGCAAGGCAGUAGUUGA